AUGACCGACUGGGCCACCUAUGCCCGCGCGGUCAACCAGGCCGCUCGCGCCCUCAUCGCCCUCCUUCCCUCCUCGGCUGAGGAGGAGCGCCCCUCGCUUCGCGUGGCCCUCUUCGCCAAGGCCUCCGCCGAAUACCUGGUGUUGCACAUGGCGUGCCUCACCGCCGGUGUGGUGCCGGUCGCGCUGCCGGCGGCCUCUUCGGCCGACCAGCUGAGCACGAUCCUCGAGCAGGCCGAGGUGCGCUACGUGUUCGUCGAUGACCCGCACCAGCUGCGCAAGCUACGCGGUGAGCAGACCCUCGGCCGACUCGAGGCCAUAUUCUACCUCGAACGCAACGACAACGACAGCAACGUCACAGACGACGACUCGUCGAAGGGUGGGCGCAAGAAACAAAUUAGCGAUGGCGACGAUGAUGGCUACGUCGACGACGAAGAGACCAAACGAGCUCGUGAGAGCAAGAUCAUCAGUUGGCGCGAUUUCCUGCGGCGAGGCAGCCGGGUGACGCAGGCCGCGCUCGAUCAACAGAUGCAACAGUUGCAAAGCGAUCAGCUGGCCUCCGUCGUCUACGCCUCCACGUCCGAUCACACUACUGGCGGACGGCCCAGGGGCAUGAUGUACUCGCACAGCAACCUGCUGUGGACGGCCAGGAAAUGCGCCGAGGCCAUGCGGUUGGAUGACGGCGACAUCUCCUUCUCCUUCCUGCCCAUCUCGCACAUCACCGAGCAGCUCCUCUCCAUCUACUGCCACGUGCUCGUCGGCCACCGAGUGUUCCUGAACGGGGAAAGGAGUCGGUCGAAGCUGGUGAGCGACAUACGGAGCGUGCAACCGACGCACCUCGCCGCGCCGGCCUCGUUCUGGAAGGCCCUUCAUGGAUGGCUCCACGAACAGCUGGCGCGCGAGGUGCGCCUGCCGCCCGCCAUCCUCCGCGCCAUGCCCGCCAAGAAGAACAACAAAAAGAAGAUGAAGCAAGAGAUCAGCGACGACGACGAAGAUAAGGAAAGCGAAGACGAAGAUGACGACGUCAAGCCGGGUUCGUGGAAGAGGUCUCACGACAAGGACAAGCCAUGGGCGCCGACGCGGGCGGGCUCGGUCAAGAUCGGGAGCCGCGGCGGAGACUCAUCGCCGGAGAAGGUGAAGCUCAGCCUGAAAGCGGUGCAGACCAACCCGCUGCUGCUCAACCUGUUCCGACAGCGCAUGGGCCUCGCGCGGCUGCGCGUGGGCUACUCGGGCUUCGCGCCGCUGCCGGCCAAGGUCAUGGCCUGCUUCGGCAAGCUCGGCGUCACUGUCUGCGAGCUCUACGCCCACCCCUACGCCACGGGCCUCGUCGCCUGCAAUCGCCCGCCACCGCUGACCGACGCCUCCACCGCUGCCACGAAGCCGGAAAAGAGCGAAAGCGAAGACAGCGAUAGCGAAGAAGAAAGCGAAGACGAAGAGGCCGAGCAGACCAACAAGCCGGGCACUGUGGGUGCGGUGCUCGCCGGCGCCGAGGUCGAGCUGGACGAGGGCAGCGUGCCCCAGGACGACGAAUCCAAUCACGGCGAGGUCCUGGUCAAAGGCCCCAACGUCUUCAUGGGCUUCCUCAACGAGGCCGAGGCGACGGCGGCGGUGUUUGCGAGGGAGGGGUGGGUGCGCACGGGCGACGUGGGCGUGCUCGACGAGGACGAGUUCGUGAAGCUGAAAGGGCGGCGGGAGGACCUAUUCCGGCUCCAGGGCGGAGAGCUCGUGUGCCCGUGGAAGGCCGAGAAGCUCCUCAAGGCCUCCCCGCUCAUCGAGGACGCCCUCGUGCUGGGCGACAGCCGCGGACACGUGGCCGCCCUCCUCGUCCUCUCCUCCCUCUCGCGCGCCCUCUCCCAGCAGGACCGCAUGGCCGAUCUGAAGGAGGCGGUGACCAGCGCCAACGGGAAGCUGGAGGAGGCGUUCAUGAUCAAGAAGAUCGCCACCAUCAGCCCCAGCACCAAGCUGGCCCACAACCCGCAAUGCACCACCCCGCUCGGGCGGGUGGUGCGCGGGGCAUUGACGAGCUGCUUCCCGCGGGAGCUGAGCGCGCUCUACCCCGACGACGCGGGCCUCGCCGAGCUGGCCACCGCGCGCCAGGCCGUCGACCAGGCCGCGGAAGGCGCGGCGGAGGCGGCCAGGCCAAGCGCAAAGGCUGCGGGAGACUCGGCCUCGCUAUCCUCCUCCGAUGACGAAAGCGAUGGCGAAAGCGAUGGCGAAAGCGAAAGCGAAAAAGACGAAAAAGACGAAAGCAGCCAGAGUGAAAGCGAAAGCGAGAGCGAGAGCGAGUCGGAGAAGGACGAGAAACAGGAGGACGACGGCAAACAGGACAACGACGACGAUGACGAUGACGAGGAGGAACAAGAAGUGGAGGAACCGGAGGUCAGGAGCGGGGUGGCGGGCGAGGUCGAGGAGGAGCACGUCGUCCUGAAGCCGGCUCCGGCCACCGUCGAUGAUGAAAGCGAAAAAGACGACAAAGACGAGAGCGGCCAGAGCGAAAGCGAAAGCGAAAGCGAGAGCGAGUCGGAGAAGGAAGACGAGAAACAGGAGGACAACGGCGACGAUGGCGAAGCGAAACAAAAAGCGGAUAAACUGGAGGUCAGGAGCGGGAUGGCGAGUGAGGUCGAGGAGGAGCACGUCGUCACGAAGCCGGCUCCGGCCGCCGCCGUCGGUGACGGUGACCACGAGGGCGAAGAGGCCGUGGAGCAGAAGCAGCCCGAGGCUGCCCAGGAGCAGAUCAGCCACAAGCCGCCGCGAGCCGACAGAUCGGAGGACCUGCCGGCGACGGAUGAGUCAGUCGCCCCGAGCUCCGGUGGGGAGUGGAUGAAGGGCCAGGAGGCUGCACCGGCCGGUGGCGCCCAGCGGGGCUUCAUCGGCACCGCCCGCGCGCCCUCUGCUGACGUCAGCAGCGCACUGUCGAGCAAGGAGAAGGAGGCGCCGGUCCGCAGCGACGACGACGACGAGGUGCCCGAGGAGCGGAAGGAGAAGCGGGAAAUGAAGGAGGCCGAGGAGGAGAUCGUUGCCGGCGGCCACCGGCCGGUGCCGAAGCAGCCGCUGCGGCUGGAGGACCUGUCAGAGGGCGUCAUGGUGUACCUCUUCUCCUUCCUGGCCCCCGCCGACCUCGGCCCCGUCGCCCUCGCCUGCCGCCGAUUCAAAUCUGCGCUCGAUGAUGAGGUCCUGUGGAAGCUGCUGCUGCAGCGCACCUACGGCACCGGCGGCCUGCUCGUCUCCCAAUUCAUCCCCGUCGUGCACCCAGGAGUGCAAGAGCCGAAGGGCGAGAGCGGCAAGAGGGAGGAGAAGGGCGGCCUGAAGGCGGUGGACUGGCGGAACACGUUCAUCAACCGGGACAAGCUCUGGAAGGCCCACGCCCACGAGGACACCGUCGAGCGGCUCGCCCUCUGCGCCAAGUGGGGCGCCGUCCCGCUCCUUCGGCAGCUCCUGCUCGACGCCCGGACUCAACACGCCGCCGCCGCCGCCGCCGGCAUCGGCGACGACAAUGACGACGCGUGGGUGCGUGACGUCAUCAACCGGAAGACGCGGCUCGGCGGCAAAACGGUGCUGCACUGGGCGUGCGAGUACGGCAACGCGGGCGUGGUGGAGCACCUGGUGACGGCCUACGGCCGGCGCGGGCUCGACCUCAACAGCCGCGCCGACAUCGCGGCCGUGGGCCUGUGGCCCGUGGUGCGGGUGGCCGGUGGCGUCACCGCCGGGCGUCGCAAGGCGCCCCAUGUGCCCCUCUCCCUGGCCAGCGAGAGCGGCCACCUCUCCGUCGUGCAGCUCCUCUUGGAACAAGAGGACGUAAGGACUAGGUGCGAUGUGCAGAUGACGCUGCAGUGCUUGAUCGCCGCCGUGGAGAAGGAGCGGGAGGCGGUGGUCAGGUUCUUCCUGGACAGGCUGCAGCGGAUCAUCGACAACGGUGGCGGCAGCAGCGGAGGAGAAGGAGAAAGAGCGACGCAUAAUAAGGAGGAGAGCGGUGACGAUGAAGAGGAAGAGGUGUUCCGGGCCAAGCUAUGGGCUCUGGAGCUGGCCUGCGAGCGCGGCAACGCUCGGAUCGUGGACGACAUCAUCGCCAGCGGCGGCAUCCACCUCGGCUUCGCGCUCGGCAACGGCGAUGACAAGGAAAACGACGACGACGACGACGCAACGGCGAGGAGCGGGGCCGAGCGGGGCGGGCACCACUAUCACGACACGGUGGCGAGGCGCUUCCGCGGGCUGUUCCGCGCGUGCGAGAAGGGCUCGCUCAAGAUCGUCACGGCCCUCCUCAACCGCGGCCUGCCUGUAAAUAUGCGAGAAAUGCCCGCCGUCGGUGACACGGGCGCCGACGCCGACGAUGCUGACGUCAGCAAGAGCAACAACGGCGGCGGCGACGACGACUGGUGGACGGCGCUGCACUACGCGGCCAAGCGGGGCGACCUGGCGCUGGUGCAGAAGCUGGUCGGGCGGGGCGCCGAUCCGUCGCUGCGGGCGCGCUUCGACGGCGGGCGGGCGACGCCGCUGGACGUGGCGGUGGCGAUGGACCGGGACGAGGGCGUCGUGGCCUACCUGCGCAACAUCACCCCGCGCAGCUCCCUCCUGCAGCGCCCCGAGGUCGUGCUCACGGCCGCGGGCGGCUUCCUCGUCGUCGCGGUCGCCUACCUCCUCUCCCGCCUCGGCGCCUUCAUCUUCUCGUGA